AUGAAUCAAAUAUCAUUCGUUCUUCAAUCAAACAUGAAAGAGUCACUCAAAAUGAUUAAAUUAUUUAAAGAAGAAGGUAAAACCAUAACAGCAUGGGACGUACUAUUAAAUCAAUUAUCCUCAUUAACCGUUAAGGGUGUUUGCUUUAAAUCUGAUUCCCCAGAUGUUUUCUCAACGUUUCAAGGUUAUAAAUACAACAUUCUCGAAAAACCAGAUUACUCAAAAAUUGAGAUGUUUAUGAAUUUCAUUAAAGAAGCCAUUUGUGAUAAUAACGAUGAAGUGUAUAAAUACCUUCUCGGCUGGAUUGCAUCAAUGAUUCAACAUCCUGGAAUCAAGAAUGAAACAGCAAUUAUUUUGAAAGGACUUCAGGGAACAGGUAAAAACAGAUUUACAGACAUUAUUUCUGAACUCCUCGCUGGUUAUUCAUGUAAAAACAUUACUGAAAUAAGUGAGCUAACGGGUAAUUUCAACUCAGUAGUUGAAAAUAAAAUGUUUCUUGUACUUAAUGAACUCAAGAAUGUAGGUGAAGACAGACUCGCAAACUUCAACGCUUUGAAAUCAAUUAUUACGGAUAAUGAGAUUAGAAUUAAUGAAAAGAAUCAAUCCAGAAGAACUGCUCAGAAUGUUGCCAAUUUCAUUUUCGUAACUAAUAACGUCUACCCUGUCAAAAUUGAAGUUGGAGACAGAAGAUACGUAGUUUUAAGAGUUAAUGGUAAAUUCAAGGGUCAAUUUGAUUACUUCAAGAAUUUGAUGAAUUCAUGCACAAAGGAAUUUUAUGAUAACCUUUUAACAUAUUUUAUCAAUUACGACCUUUCAUCAUUUAAUGUACGAAUCAUACCGAUGACUGAAGCCAAACAAGAUUUAAUUGAAUUAUCAACAAAUCCUUUAGAUGAAUGGAUAAAUACACAUUAUGAUGAAUUGUGUGCAGGUAUGACGUGUAAAAAUGCUCUAUUCUGCAAACCAUCAGACAUGAAAGACAAAAA